GUUCAGUUUGUAUGUCUUCCGCAAGCUCAAGCCCAGAAGCUCAAAAACCCUAGAAAAACCCUAGCCUCCAUUUUUCUUCAUCCAACAAUGGCGGGCGGGAGAUUCCGCGAGCUCCUAAAGAAGUACGGGAAGGUGGCCUUGGGCGUCCACUUCUCGGUCUCUGCGGUUUCCAUCACCGGACUCUACGUCGCCAUCAAGAACAACGUCGACGUCGAGUCCCUGCUCGAGAAAUUGCACAUGGGUGGUGUCGGCUCCUCCACCAAGGAUCACGCUCCCCCUGAAGCUUCUUCUUCUUCUUCCGAUGGGUUUGUGGUCGAAAAUGAGAGACCGACUUCAGAGUCUCAAUCAACGGUGGUUAUGGAGGAGAAGAAGCGGAAUCGAGUGGCCGAGCUCACCGCCUCGACCGGUGGGGCCCUGGCUCUGGCUGUACUCUGUAACAAGGCUUUGUUUCCGAUUCGGGUUCCCAUUACCAUUGCGCUUACGCCUCCGAUGGCGAGGUUCUUGGCUAGGAGGGGGAUCGUCAAGAACGGUGCAUAAUAUUUUUUUUUUUUUUUAGAGAAAGAGGACUUCUUGUGCUUUUUUGGCCUGAACUAAUUUUCCAUAUAUUUUUUUUCUUGCCUAUUGCAAUAGGAUUGUUGGGUACGAAUUAAUAUGUGCCUGGAAGUUGUUGAUCCACCUGAAUUUCUGGUGAAUAAAUCACAUGAUUAAUCAAAUCCCAUUUUUAUUAUG